AUGGACAACUUGAAACUCUUCUGGGAAGUCCCUUUGGUACUCGUUCUUCACAACAACGACGAAACCAUUCGAUUCUCCACCUUCGACAUCGAACGCAACCGCAUCUUCUUCCUCUCUUCUCACAAUCUCAUCUACACUUCCGAUCUCUCCUCUUUCCAUGAAAAUGGUGUUUGGAGCCGUAAAGCCUCGCUCCCCGCGGAUGCCGUUACUAUCGACAUUGAGCCCGGAGAUUCUGUUACCUCCUUCGACUAUCUCAUGGAGAAGGUAGCGCUUCUUCUCGGAACCUCCAACGGCCUUCUCUUGCUUCACAACGUCGACGACGGCUCUCACGCAAUGCAAGUCGUUGGCCAGCUUGACGGCGGUGUCAACGCCGUUUCUCUCAGUCCGGACGGAGAGCUAACCGCCAUUACCACCGGUUUAGCGCAGCUUUUGGUGAUGACUCACGAUUGGGACGUGUUGUAUGAAGCGCCACUCCACGAUGGUGUUCCUGACGACUGUCACGUAAGUGAAGGGAACUUUUUUCCUGUGUCUUGGCGAGGUGAUGGGAAAUAUUUUGCUACCAUGAGUGAUGUGUUCGAUUCUGAUUCUAUGCUUAAAAGAAUUAAGGUUUGGGAUCGAGAUUCUGGGGAUUUGCUUGCUUCUUCGGAACCAAGAAAUUUUUCCGGGGCAGUUUUGGAGUGGAUGCCCAGUGGUGCUAAAGUUGCAGCUGUUUGUGAUGGGAAAGAUGAAAAUGAAUGUUCCUCUGUUGUUUUCUUUGAGAGGAACGGAUUAGAGAGAAGUAGGUUUAGUGUUGACGCAAAAGUGAAAUUUCUGAAGUGGAAUUGCAGUUCUGAUCUUCUUGCAGGUGUUGUUGAAUGCAAAAAUUAUGAUGCUGUGAGGAUAUGGUGUUUUAGUAAUAACCACUGGUACCUGAAGCAUGAAAUUAGAUUCUUGAAGCGAGAUGAAGUUAGAUUCAUUUGGAAUCCGACAAAGCCUCUGCAGUUAAUUUGUUGGACUCUUGGUGGUCAGGUCACGGUUUUUAACUUCGUUUGGAUCACGGCUGUUAUGGAGAAUUCUGUUGCACUAGUCGUUGAUGGCUCCAAUAUUUGUGUAACCCCACUGUCAUUGUCCUUAAUGCCACCUACUAUGUUUUUAUUUACCCUGAAAUUUUCUUCCCAUGUCCGGGGUAUGGCAGUAUAUUGUAAAAACUCAAAGAACCGGUUAGCUGUAUUUCUUUCAGACAGAAGCAUGUGUAUUGUGGAGCUUCCGUCAAUUGAAACCUGGGAAGAACUCGAGGGGAAAGAAUUCAAUGUUGAAGCCUCUCAUACAGAAUUGGAGCGCGGAUCCCUUUUACAUCUUGAAUGGUUGGAUUCUCAUACGCUAUUAACUGUUUCACAUUAUGGUUUCAGUCACAGUAAUGGCUCGUUUCAAACAUCAACUGAUGGUGGACUUCGAGGCUUCCAUUUGCAUGAGGUGGAACUUGAAUGUUCUGAGGAUGUUGUUCCAGGAUUGCUGACUUGUUCAGGAUGGGAGGCAACAGUUUCUAAACAACAUACCCUUGAAGAGCUGGUUAUUGGCAUCGCUUCAUAUCCUGCUAAUAAACACACUGCAUACAUUCAGUUUUCUAGGGGGGAAAUCCAAGAGUAUGUAUCUAAAUUUGGGAUUAGUAGAGGAUCUCUAGUUCAAGAACAACGAGUUUUUUCAGCGCCUUGCCCUUGGAUGAGUUUAGUGCUAGUUGGCAGUGCUGCUGGCCUAUCAAAACCAGUACUUUUUGGACUGGAUGAGUUUGGCAGACUGCAUGUUAAUGGGGGGAUAGUUUGCAACAACUGCAGCAGCUUCUCAUUUUACUCAAAUUCGGCAGACCAAGUUAUGUCACACCUAAUUCUUGCAACUAAACAAGAUUUACUUUUUAUUGUUGACGUUGCUGAUGUAUUUAACGGGGAGUUAGAUUUAAAGUAUGGUCACUUUGUUCGGAUUAACAAUAGAAGGAAAGAUGAAAAUGAAAGCUACAUAAAUAUAUGGGAGAGAGGUGCUAAAAUUGUUGGAGUAUUACAUGGGGAUAAAGCUUCCAUUAUAUUGCAAACUACCCGGGGAAACCUAGAAUGUGUAUACCCUAGAAAGUUGGUUCUGGUUUCCAUUAUUAAUGCAUUAGUUCAAAAGCGCUUUAAAGAUGCAUUACUUAUGGUUAGAAGGCAUAGAAUUGAUUUCAAUGUAAUUGUUGAUUACUGUGGCUGGCAGGCCUUUUCCCAAUCAGCUUCUGAAUUUGUCAAGCAGGUUAACAAUCUCAGUUACAUAACUGAGUUUGUUUGCUCUGUAAAGAAUGAAAAUAUUAUGGAAAAUCUCUAUAAAAAUUAUGUAUCUGUACCCUGUCCAAAGAUUCCUAAUGUUAUGUUAGUUGGCCCCCCCAAGAAUUGUCCUGCCGGUAACAAGGUUUCUUCUGUUCUGAUGGCUGUAAGAAAAGCUCUUGAGGAUCACAUAACAGAGAGUCCGGCAAGGGAGCUUUGCAUUUUGACCACUCUAGCUCGAAGUGAUCCUCCAUUACUUGAAGAUGCUUUAAAGAGGAUAAAAGUUAUCCGAGAAAAGGAAUUGUCUCAUGCUGAUGACCAGGGGAGAAUGUCUUACCCUUCUGCUGAAGAAGCUUUAAAGCAUCUUUUGUGGUUAGCUGAUUCUGAUGCUGUCUAUGAAGCUGCUUUGGGUCUUUAUGAUGUAAAUCUUUCAGCUAUGGUGGCAUUAAAUGCUCAGAAAGAUCCAAAGGAGUUUCUUCCAUUCUUACAGGUAUUGGAGCGUAUGCCUACUCAAUUAAUGCAAUAUAAUAUUGACCUUAAGCUGAAAAGGUUUGAAAAGGCUCUCAGACACCUUGCUUCUGCUGGAGAUUGUUAUUAUGAUGAUUGUAUGACACUUGUGAAGAAAAAUCCUCAACUUUUUCCAUUGGCUCUUCAACUUUUUACUGGCCACACUGAGCAGAUGCAAUUUCUUGAGGCAUGGGGGGAUUAUCUUAGUGAUGAAAAAUGCUUUGAAGAUGCUGCCACAAUUUACUUAUCCUGUUUCAAUCUGGAUAAAGCCAUGAAGUCUUAUCGAGCUAUUAAUAACUGGAGUGGGGUGCUUACAGUUGCUGGGUUACUUAAUAUGGGAAAGGAAGAGAUGCUGUGUAUUGCCGGUGAGCUCUGUGAAGAACUUCAAGCACUUGGUAAACCUGGGGAGGCUGCGAAAAUUGCCCUGGAGUACUGUGGAGAUGUUAACACUGGUGUUAAUUUGUUGAUUACUGCAAGGGAAUGGGAGGAGGCUUUGAGGGUUGUUUUUAUGCAUAGAAGAGAUGACUUAAUUGAAACAGUGAAGAAUGCAUCUUUGGAAUGUGCAAGCACACUUACCAGUGAAUAUGAGGAAGGCUUAGAGAAAGUGGGUAAGUACUUGGCUCGUUACCUUGCUGUUCGACAGAGAAGAUUACUUCUUGCAGCGAAGCUCCAGUCAGAGGAACGAGCAGCGAGUGAUCUUGAGGAUGAUGCUGCCUCAGAAGCUAGCAGCAAUUUUAGUGGAAUGAGUGCAUACACCACAGGGACCAGGAAAAGUUCUGCCGCCUCGUUUAGCUCGGCUGUUACUAGCAAGGCAAGAGACGCUAGGCGUCAGAAGAAGAGAGGAAAAAUCCGCCCUGGGAGUCCUGAUGAGGAGAUGGCUUUGGUGGAGCAUUUGAAAGGCAUGUCCCUGACAGUGGAAGCUAGACGUGAGCUGAAAUCUUUGUUGGUUUCCCUAAUGAUGUUUGGCGAGUGCGAAACAUGUAGGAAGCUACAGCUAAUGGGAGAAAACUUUCAAUUAUCUCAGAUGGCAGCCGUGAGAUUAGCUGAAGAUACAAUAUCUAAUGAUACCAUAAAUGAGUAUGCACAUACGUUGGAGCAAUAUGCCCAGAAAGUUAAGACUGAACUUCACAAUUCAGAGGCCUUCUCCUGGCGGCUUCGAGUAUUUUUGCCUACGAGUGAAAGUAGCUAA